GAUUGUCCCCUUCAAUUCAAUAAUAUCUAGCCCACAUUUAACUGUUUAAUAAAAAACGCGUGUAAAAAAAAUAGUUUGACAUAAUUUGUCAAAAUGUUGUGAGUGGCAUAACCAUAACGAGGGAAGCCAUUUUACUGUCCUUUGGCAUAAUAAUCAUAAUACAGGCUUACAGGUUUCCCUUUAGACCUUCAUGACUGUGUCAAGUCGUUUUUUUUAAUAUCGUAAAACAUGUUGACCGCAUUUAUUAAAAGACGCGUUUUCUAUCGUUUUUGUAUACCGUUUGAAAACGCCAUGAUUGUCGUCUACACCCGCGGGUUUAAGUACACUGUAUGGGCUAAAAAUGUAUAUCUCUUUUAGAGAAAAUGCCACGUUUUUUUUUACAUAUAAGAAAAAAAACAAAAGCAAAGACAUACAGGGCUUCCGCUAUGCGUUUUAUGCAGCCUAUAAAAAACACAUUCCCUGUUUGUCGUCUCAGGCACGCUUGUUUGUCAUCGAAAAACGUCCUUUAAACUCAACAAAGCCAGCGAGAGCAUGUGGUAGUAAACCGAAUUCGAUGGGUAUUCAAUUCUACUCGUCUAUUUCGGAGGGAGGAGCGAAACGCUCCAGUGAGCGCCACGGGCAACGCGUCUGAAAGGGAAAGAGAGGAAACUGACGCACGCGUGGCAUUUUCUGACACUUUGCUCGUUGAUUGGGUCGGGAGACGUUUUGCCGCAAUUAAGUGACACGCAAAGAGAAAACCAAUUACACCGCGGACCAAUUCACCGCCAUGAAAGCGCACGAGCUCCCCAGAUAAACGCGCGCGCGCAAAGAAAAACAAAAAACUGCGGGCCAUCGGAAAUCGACGAGCGGGUUACGCGGGUUAUGUUUUAAAUGGCGAAUAACCGCACCUCCUUUUCCAUCCACAACAUAUUAAACCGAGGACCGGGCUGCGAGGAGAAAAAUGUCGCCGAGGAGUACGCGGAAGAGCAGGAGGCGCGGGGCCGCUCGCCGGAGAACCCCGGAGCUGAGAGCAUCUCUUCCUGCGCGCUCGCGCUGGACUCCUCGUCCUCAGACCAGCAUUCGUGCGAGGAAGGGUCGACCGGGGGCGAAGACAGUUCUCUAGAAAGACGGCACGACCACGACAAGGACCAGGAGAAACCGCAGAGCUGCAGCUUCGAAGACAACAACCCCAAAUCGAGCAAAAAAAGGUCACGGGCAGCGUUUUCUCACGCGCAGGUGUACGAGCUGGAGCGCCGCUUCAACCUGCAGCGGUACCUGUCCGGCCCAGAGCGGGCCGACCUGGCAGGAGCUCUCAAACUGACCGAGACUCAGGUGAAGAUCUGGUUCCAGAACAGGAGAUAUAAAACUAAACGGAGACAAAUGGCGGCCGAGCUCACGACAACCCCCGCGACAACCCUGGCAAAGAGAGUGGCUGUCAAAGUACUGGUGAGAAACGACCAGAGGCAAUACAACGCCGAGGAGCUGCCCAGUCCGUCCGUCCCUCCGUUAUACCAGUCCUUCCCUUACUAUCCUUACAUGUUCUGCUUCCAGCCGUGGAUCUCGGGGAACGCUUUAAGCGGUGGCCUGUAUUGAUUUUCCCGGAGUCGUAGCAUCAUGUGGAAAGUGACUGUGGAGACACAAAUAAAGCCAAAACUGCUAUUCCUCCGUGGAUUACCAACUAUAAAAACUAUGACCAGAGCAAAAGAGGAUUACGAUAUACUGAUAUACUGAUUUUCCAAAAUCAAUAAUGAUCGUUAAGCCAAAGCAAAGACGAUUCACUCAAAUCGAGUUUCUAUCAUUUGUAGUUAUAUCUGUCUUUUGUUGCAUAGUAAUGCAUUCGGACAAACAGACACAUUUAAUGUAAUGAAUUAUAUUGCUUUAGAUAACAAAAUAUUAAACCAAAAAGCGGCAUCUGCAAACAAAUGAUGCUCAUCUUUUUAACUUUGUUUUUCAGUUCCGAAAAAAAAGUCAGAAAGGGGCCGAUAAACCUAGCAAUCUUGCAUUUGGGAAAUGUUUCGCAUUAUUGUGGUUAAAUGUUUCAGUUUAACAAUGUAAAAUUGGCAAACGCUUAACUCAUUUCAAACACCGCACGGGUUGACUAGUUAAAAAAAAGAUAACUAAUGAAUAUAGCCAACUGACACGAUGAAACGCAACAAAUGCAUAAUAGCAUAUAUAAAAAAAAAAACUGAUUUUGCAGAUAAACCUUACUCUUGUUAUCUAAUGCAAAGGCAUUCAUGCAUUUAAGUGCUGCUUAAGCGUUCAAAAUGUAGGUCUACUGUAAAUGCUUUGAUAUGGAGUGUGUUUAGCUAUAGUUUAAAGAGUUGUCCUGUUAACGUUUGUCACCGAUUAAAGUUCUUGUUUAUUUCCAUCACAAUGGAGAACACGCUCUAUAGUGCACUAAGCCUUGUAAUGUGUCAGCUGCUUUAAUUCAAUGCCUAAAUCCAGUCGCUGCGUUGAACGGGAAAAUACGGGCUUCAAAAAAAGAAGAAUCGAGCUAUCAUGCGUCUGGAGACAAACUAACCGCAGAAAGCAGAAAGCUUAAAGCGGGUUUGUCAACACAACGCGCAAAGAUGAAUGCCUUAAAGGCAGUAAUUUAAGAGGAAGAACUCGUCAAAAGAUUCUUUGUAAAUAACGGCUUGACAGGUGACAAGACUAUCGUACGGAUAAAAGACAAUGAAAACGGCAUCGUUUAAUUCAAUACUAUUUUAGAUGAACCAACAUCGAAAUCUUUGAUUGAAACCAUUACGAAUGCGCAAAUAUGAAAAAGUGAGCCAACCUGGCAUUAGAAGUAUCUAAUUAUCUCUAAUCUGCCCCGUCUCUGACCUCGCAUGCAAGACUGUGCCGUACAUUUUCAUGAAGAACAACAAAGUCGGUCAGACUGUUUUGAAAAGUCUGCAGUCCUGUGUUUAAAAAGGACGGUAUCACUGUAAGGUCACACACAUUUACAAAUCAAGUGUUGUUUACGUGCCAAACAGAAAGGCUUUAAAAAGGCUUUGUUAUUUUAUUCAACAGCAAACGGUGCUGAACAUAAACGUCCGUCUUUCUUUCUCCAUAUCAGAUGCCUGUAUAUUAAUUAAACAUCUAAAAUAAUCAAAUGCAAUACAAUGCACGACUUAAAUAAAAAACUAGAUAACAAUUAUUGGAGUUUGCUCUAUAAAAAAGUCCUUUUACUUAAAUAUUUCACUAUGUUUCAUUCGCUUUGUAAUUUACAAGCAAUUUUCUGAGUGAAAAUUGUUUUUUAUGCAAUUUUUUCACUGCCCUAGUGAAGAAAUAUAUGCUAAAAUGUAUUUAAAAUGCAUUUAAUUUUAUUAAUUUACAUAUAUAUUGUACCUUUGGUAUACUUAAAGUCUGCUCAAUGGAAACAACUCAUUUUAAUACGCUUUAAUUGUGCAGGAGCAGGUCCAAAUAAAGGUAUACUUAAG